AGGUGCCCUCUCUUUGCUUUGAGCCUGAUUAUCGGUCUGUCUGGUCUCCAGCUCUUCUGUGUCUGGUUGUCUGGUUCGGCCGAGCAGUGAUCUUCCACAACAUCUCCAGGGAUUGUAGCUCGUGGUCUGAGGAGGAGUCAUGGGGCCAGUACGGGCCUGCCCAUUAGCCCUGCCUGUGCUGGCUGUUCUGGGCCUCAUUAUCAGCGCGUGGAGCCUCAACCCAGAUGACCCCAAUGUCUGCAGUCACUGGGAGAGCUACGCAGUGACUGCAGAGUCCUACGCUCAUCCUUUUGACCAGAUCUACUACACCAGGUGCACCGACAUCCUCAAUUGGUUUAAAUGCACCAGACACAGGACCAGCUACAAGACAGCUUAUCGUCGCGGGGUGAGGACCAUGUACCGUCGACGUUCUCAAUGCUGCCCUGGCUACUUCGAGAGCGGAGACUUGUGUGUCCCACGAUGUACCGAGGAGUGUGCCCAUGGUCGGUGUGUGUCUCCUGAUACAUGUCAGUGUGAGCCAGGCUGGGGAGGACUGGACUGCUCUAGUGGUUGUGAAAGUGGCCACUGGGGGCCCCACUGCAGCAACCGCUGUCAGUGCAAGAAUGGGGCCCUGUGUAACCCCAUCACAGGAGCCUGUGUCUGCACUGACGGCUACCAAGGAUGGCGCUGUGAGGAUCAGUGUGAGCCUGGCUACUAUGGCAAGGGCUGCCAGCUGCAGUGUCAAUGCCUCAACGGUGCCACCUGCCACCACGAGACGGGGGAAUGCAUAUGUGCACCAGGCUACAUGGGUCCCAUCUGUGGAGAGCGAUGUCCCUCUGGAAGUCAUGGGCCACAGUGUGAGCAGCGCUGCCCCUGUCAGAACGGAGGAACCUGCCAUCACAUCACUGGAGAAUGCUCCUGCCCUGCUGGAUGGACGGGGUCUGUUUGUGCCCAGCCAUGCCCAUUUGGCAAAUACGGGAUCAACUGCAGCAAGGAAUGCUCAUGCCGCAACGGAGGACUGUGUGACCACAUUACAGGACAGUGCCAGUGUAUGGCAGGAUACAGUGGCCACAGGUGCCAGGAAGAGUGUCCGGUCGGCACAUAUGGACCUCAGUGUGCCCUCCACUGUGACUGUCAGAAUGGGGCUAAGUGUUACCACAUCAACGGAGCAUGUUUGUGUGAUACGGGAUUCAAAGGGCCUCACUGCCAGGACAGGUUCUGUCCACCAGGCCUUUACGGUCUCAUCUGUGACAGAUAUUGCCCCUGUAACGCCACCAACACACUCAGCUGCCACCCACUGACAGGUGAAUGCUCAUGUACAGCAGGAUGGACGGGUCUAUACUGCAAUGAGACCUGUCCCCCAGGUUACUAUGGAGAAGGAUGUAGUGUGCUGUGCCAGUGUGCUAAUGGAGCAGACUGCCACAGUCUCACUGGGGCCUGUAUCUGUGCCCCAGGCUACACAGGAGACGAUUGUUCCCAGACCUGCCCACGUGGACUAUACGGUACUAACUGCACUUCAACCUGCCACUGCCACAACCAAGCAUCCUGCUCACCAAUCGAUGGCUCCUGCAUCUGUAAAGAAGGUUGGCAGGGUGUAGACUGCUCAAUCCUGUGCUCCAGCGGGACUUGGGGAUUGGGCUGUAACCAGACUUGUUUGUGUGCCAAUGGUGCGGCUUGUGACCCAAUCGACGGCUCCUGUACCUGUACCUCAGGCUGGAGAGGGGAACGCUGCCAGCAGCCCUGCCCCGAUGGCACAUACGGGCUGGAGUGUCGCGAAAGGCAGGACUGUAACCACGCUGAUGGAUGCGACCCUGUGAGUGGAUUCUGUCGCUGUUUGCCAGGAUGGACAGGCAUCCACUGUGACAGCAUCUGCCCUCAAGGCUUCUGGGGGCCUAACUGCUCCAUGACCUGCUCAUGCCAGAACGGAGGCUCCUGCUCUCCUGAAGACGGGACCUGCGUGUGCGCCCCUGGCUACCGCUGGACUUCCUGCAAGAGAAUUUGUCCUCCUGGUUUCUACGGGCACCGCUGCAGCCAGUCGUGCCCACAGUGUGUGCACAGCACAGGCCCAUGCCAACACGUCACGGGUCACUGUGAGUGCCUGGCCGGUUUCUUCGGCUCGCUUUGCAACCAAGGCAAGUAGU